CGGGGACAGAGGGGAGGGAGACAUCGGGAGACAGAGCGCACAAUAAGGAAACAAGAGCCUGACACACACACGGACACGAGGGGAAGAAGGAGAGAGAGAGGCGGAUGUGUACAGGGGAGGCCGAGGAGUGAAUGGAAACAUGGGGAAGGCGGAAGGAUAUACACAGGACACAUUGAGCCGGUGAUACCGCCACUUGAAGGAAAAGAUGGAUUUUAAACACGGAGGAGGUGCAGCUCUUCUCAUAUUCCUUCCUCUGGGUGGGGCUGAGCGGCUGUUCCCUUAUCAAUAGGCUCCCGUGCCGGUAGAAGGGGGCGUGGCUAUGCGUGUCACUUAGUCACUUUCAGACCGCCCAUAUCAUGGUCACAUGGCUGUGACAUCAUCGCUUCCUCAGUUUCUCCAGUCUCGUUGUUGUUCCUGUGAGGAAGUGACUGCCGCUGUCCUGGGCCCCGCCUCCUGCAGGUCUCAGCAGUCUGACUGAUCCACUAAAGGGGCCACUUGCCAAGCUGGGGGCCACAGUGAUGGACACAAAGCAGGUGGCUGAGAAGAUCUUGAAUCUCACCCUGGAGACCAUUUUCUUCCUUACUGGAGAGGAUUAUAUUGUAGUGAAGAAGCAGAAGGAGCCAAACAAAGAGAGUGUCGGUACCUGCAUAUCAGAGGGGAUCUGUCCAGUGAGGAAUCCCAUCCCAACCCCUCGCCAGAUCCACGAUGGGAAUAUCCUAGCGCUCACUCACACUAUUGUCCAUCUGCUGACCGGAGAGGUCCUUAAUCGCUGUAAAGAUGUCUCUUUUGGCUUCUCAGCGGAGGAUCAGCUGUACCAGAUGGAGAAUCAGCAGAGCCCCAGCCCCCUGGGCCGUGACACUCUAAAUCCUGAGAUCACCAGGAAUGAGACAAUCCCAGAAUGUGAGAUGGAUUGUGAAGAUCCUCCUGAAAGAGGAAUGGACCCCGGUCCCCCUGCUGGGGGAUCCAGUAACACAAACUCUCCGCUCAGUCCAGGGGACCUUUAUGCACAAGAGUCUCUGGGGGAAGAGAAUAAGAUGACACAGGAAUAUAAGGUUAAACAAGAGGAGGGGACCUUCCCACAGCAGUGUGACUAUGAGCAAAUUCCUACAGAGAUCAGCACAGGGCAACACUCUUUAAAUCUUGAACUACUUGAGAAGGAAUAUGAGGGCAAGUGUAUGAAUCCUGCAGGGGAUAAAAUGCAACCAGCUCUCCUUACAGGGGAAUGCAGUAACAAAAACUCUCCACUCGCAACUCCCAGGGACCUUUAUGUGCAAGAGUCUCUGCAGGAAGAGAAUAGGAUGACACAGGAAUAUCAGGUUAAACAAGAGGAUGUGAACUUCCGGCAGCAGUGCAACGAUGAGCAAAUUCCUACACAGAUCAUUACAGGUGGAGCUGCCAGCUGGAGAAUCCCACGAGGAGAGCUUCAUUCCAUCUCUGAAUUUCCCAACACUAAUGACCAAAGUGCAAGUGUUCCUUGUGAGAAUUCACCUGCAGAAAGGACAAGUCAGUCAGUGAGACUUAGUAACAAUAACUUUUCUUUCCAUGAAGAAGUCGGUCUCCAUGAGCCUCCCAGACACCAAACCGGGACAGAGUAUUCGUCUUUACUAUUUAAUGUUCCAGGAGUUGACUACGUGCAGAACCAUUCAGAGAGCAGAGGCAGAUCAAGGGAGAAACCCUACGUGUGUUCUAAAUGCGGAAAAGGUUUUGCCCACAAAUCGACUCUCGUUAAACAUCAGAGUUUCCACAUGGGCGACUUUACCUGUUCCCAGUGCGGAAAAAGUUUCAACUGGAAGUCCAACCUUCUGGUGCACGAGAGAAGUCACGCCGGGCAGAAACCCUUCGCCUGCUCCGAGUGCGGAAAAUGUUUUGCCCACAAAUCGACUCUGGUUAAACAUCAGCUGUUCCACAUGGGAGCCUUUACGUGUUCCGAAUGCGGCAAAGGCUUCAGCCAAAAGUCGAAUCUGUUAGCCCAUCAGAGGCGCCACACCGGCCACAAACCCUUUUCCUGUUUCGAAUGUGGGAGAUGUUUCAGCCAGAAUUCCAGUCUGAUAACGCACCAGCGAAUCCACACGGGGGAGAAACCAUUUGCCUGUUCUGAAUGCGGCAAGUGUUACACCCAGUACGCCAGUCUCCUCGUGCAUCACAGGACUCACACGGGCGAAAAACCUUACGUCUGUUCCGAAUGUGGGAAAGCUUUCAAUCAGAUGGCCCACCUUGUUAAACACCAGCGCAGCCACAAGCCCUGACUGAAUAUCCUCGGUCUCUCGCUUAAUGGACUCUAGUUCCAAAGAAGUUAAUUUUAUAGAGCUCUUCUAUUAUUUAUGAUUUGUUGAAAUAUGUUAAAGAACAUGUGAAUGGAUUUUGAUCUUAACUGAAAGUUUUAUUUCUAAAUAUGAUCAAUGAAAAAAUAUUUGCCCCACA